AUGGCAAUUCCUUUCAUCAAGGCCAUCAAUUCCAGUAUACGGUCAAAUAAGGCUCUGGAUUAUAUUUGCUCCACACACUUUUGGGGUCCUGUCUCCAAUUUUGGUCUUCCCAUAGCUGCCAUUCUAGAUACGCAAAAGUCCCCGGAUAUUAUCUCUCCUCAGUUCACUGGUACCAUGAUCGUUUAUUCCAGCACAUUCAUGCGUUAUGCCAUGGCUAUUAGGCCCCAAAACUACCUGCUAUUCUUAUGUCAUUUCACCAACGUCGGAGCUCAAAUGACUCAGGGAUACCGGUUUUUGCAACAUCAGAAUGUGGACAGGCCAAGUCUGCUGGAAUGA